CAUUACUGUAAUUAAGAAUAUCAGUAGAACAGUGAAUUUAUUAUGACAUUUGUUGUACUUGAUCACGGUUACUAAAAAAGAACAGUGACUUGAUGACGUUAAAUAACUGUUUUGAAACGAGUCUGUGUUCACAUUCUAACUGUGUUAGUACGAUAAUUUAAAUUUCGUUUUCACCAUGAUGCUUAGAAGACGGAAACAAACUUUGAAGGUAGUAAAAGAACUUGAUGCAUUUCCGAAAAUACCCGAGAACUACCAAGAGACAACAGCUACUGGAGGGACGGUUUCAAUUUUAACAUUUUCACUUAUUGCAAUACUGGUUAUAUCUGAAAUACAAUAUUAUUCUGAGACGACUAUGAAAUAUGAAUAUGAAGUUGAUACUGAUUUGACGAGUAAAUUAAGAUUAAAUAUAGAUAUCACAGUGGCUAUGAAAUGUGACUAUAUUGGAGCAGAUGUUUUAGACAUGACUGGUGAUACUGUGAGUGCUUCAUUCGGCUCACUGAAAGAACAAGCCGUGCAUUUUGAACUAUCACGAAGGCAAAAACAGUGGCAAAAAAAACUUCAAGCAGUUCGCUCAGCUUUAGCAAACGAACAUGCUAUUCAAGACUUGUUGUUUAAAGUAGGGUUUGAUGGUUCACCUACCUCAAUGCCAGAAAGAGAAGAUAAACCAGCGGGUGCACCUAACUCCUGUAGGAUUCAUGGUUCUAUGUCUUUGAAUAAGGUUGCUGGUAAUUUCCAUAUAACACUUGGCAAAUCUAUACCUCACCCUAGAGGCCAUGCCCACCUAGCUGCAUUCAUUAGCCAAAGUCAAUAUAAUUUUUCACACAGAAUAGAUCACUUUUCAUUUGGUGUUCCUACUCCUGGUAUAGUGAACCCACUGGAUGGGGACCAACGAGUUACACAGGAAAAUGCACGAAUGUACCAGUAUUUUAUACAGAUUGUUCCAACGCGUGUGAACACAAGACGUGCUUCGGCAGACACUCAUCAAUAUGCAGUCACGGAAAGGGACCGCGUUAUAAGUCACUCCAGUGGCAGUCAUGGUGUCGCAGGAAUAUUUUUUAAAUACGAUUUAUCAUCGGUCUCUGUGAAAGUAACAGAGGAAUAUCAGCCAUAUUGGCAGUUCUUAGUACGACUUUGUGGCAUCAUUGGGGGUGUGUUUGCAACAUCAGGAAUGUUGCAUUCGCUGAUUGGUUGCCUAUAUGACCUGAUCUGCUGUAAAUAUCAAUUUGGAAAAUACAAACCAAAAGAGCAUAAAGCUUCCACUGUACCAGUGCAUCAUUUAAGACCAUCCGGAGAUCAAACUACAGAUGAACCUAGUGUCAAUUUUGUCUUACAAACACAGCAAGAGGUACCAAUGAAACAGUGAAUAUGCCAUCCAUCAUCGAGAGAGAGAAGCAGUACUAGAUAGAAGAUUCCAUUUCAUUGGUUGUUGGGCUUAAUGAGCUAGCCAAUCAGAAAACACUUUUUUUGUGGAUCUAUCAAAUAGUGGCUCAUAAAAUCACCAUUUUAUUGUACCUUUCUUAUUUUUAUUACUGUUUGAUUCUCAUUUUAAUCUAAAUGCUCCAAUUACGAAAUGCUAGCAUGUUUAGCAACUACUCAAGUGGGA